AUGAAGCUGGCCAAUGAGAACACCGAGGACGACAAGGACGAAGCCUUCAGCGCUAUCAUGAUUACUCCACCUCGCUAUCCAGAAGGCAACUAUGAACGGAGCCCAGACGAUGACAGCGCUUCUGGCGAUCGUCCUACUUUUCCGCGGAAUAUAAAUGAAUUUGGCGUGGACGUUAGACGACUGACCGUUCAAUCCUACCGAAACCGGAGAGGAGAGUACCGAACGAUCAGGCGAGCUGGCAUUCGUUCGACAAUCGAGAAGCGUAUGCACGAGAACCUCAUGCCACGUGUCAUCUUCGCUCACGACAUAGACGAAGUGAAUGAUGUCCAGAAGCAUAGCAUUGAUAUCGAGUGGGGGGGGUUUGAUGAUUUCAUGGAACAUCUUGAACCACUUCCCUAUCGUAGGACCAUAACACCCCGAGGAUCGAGAUUUUCCAGGCCUUUCGUCCCGCUGUUUCUACGCUUAGAAGCCCUUGAAAGAGUGGCAUCGACCCCCAUAGUAGUGACUCCCACCGAGAGCAACGGGACAACCUCAACACAGAAUAUUGGAAUUGCAAGAGCAAUACUGACGUUUCUCGAUGAGAACGCUUGUGAAACACGGUUAAGAAUCAAGGCAUUGGAAUCGGCGAGUCCUAGUACCCUGAUACAAUACGACGAUCUGUGGAUGCUUUACAAACCGGGCCAGACCAUUUUCGAGAGAAUCGACGGACCAGAUACGGUUUGUUACAUGGUAGACUUUCCGACCCUAGAAAUGGAACCCGUCGGCAAGACAUCGACGCAGAGCCGAAUGCAACUGUUUCUACGGUGUUGGACACUAGAAUAUGACCCCCAGGAUGACGCCUUCAAGAAAGAAAGUAUGAUGAUUCAAGUUCAACCUUUUCAGGGCGGAAUCGAGAUUGCAAAACUCCGUUAUCUCCCUGAAAAAUUCGUGGAGGAUCUCGGUGUCGUCAAGGCACUUUUGAUCUAUCGAGGCCGAAACUUUUGGGAUAUGAAUACGAAAUCUAGAUAUCGACAACUUAAGACCUCCUCGAAGCAGGGCCAAGACUGGCUCUCUGGACUUAGAGUGAUUGUAGAUGCCAAGGCCAAGAGUGCAAUGAAGGAGAUUCGGCAUUCGGUUCCAGGUCGUUCGGGUGGCGGGGGGUUGCAGCAACCCGCCCCCCGUGCGUUUCAUGGAACAGGUCACGAUGGAUUCGUCGAUUUGAGUGGCCCAACCAUGCCUAUACCUAUGCCAAUAGGGUCAAUACUGCCAACAGAGCGAAUACCGCCGCCGCCACCAACAGAAUCACCACGACAGGUCGGCUAUUUUGAAGCUGAAACAAAGCCGAAGAACUGGUUUCGUGAAUACGAAAGCAUUCCCGCAAGCAGUGAGCCCGAUACAUUGGCUCUUAUGUUGUGCCCUCGCAUUGUAUCAGCUUUCAGCCUCCGGAAAAAAACAUGGGAUUCGUACAACGUGAGGGAUCUCAAGCCCGUGCAGUUCGUAGCAGAUACCUGGAAGCGACUCGUCCUAAAAACGGAAUAUAAAGAUGUCGUUUGGGCCAUGGUCAAGUCAUAUCUCAACCACAACACGGGAUUUCAUGACCUCGUUGAUGGCAAGGGUGAAGGCUUAGUUGUUUUGCUCCAUGGGCCACCAGGCGUCGGCAAAACCCUGACUGCAGAAUGUGUUGCAGAGUCAUUCAAGAAACCGCUUUACAUGGUGACUGCUGGAGACCUAGGAACAAACCCCGAUACACUCGAGGCGAAGUUGUCGACAAUUUUCGAUCAUGCUGUGGCAUGGGACGCUAUACUGCUCUUAGACGAAGCAGACAUCUUUCUACAGGACCGGGACUAUGACAACUUACACAGGAAUGCACUGGUCUCUAAAUACUUCAACGGCAUCAUGUUUCUCACCAGCAACCGCGUCGGCGCCUUCGACCAAGCCUUCCAGUCCAGGAUUCACAUAACAAUCGGCAUGCCAGAAUUUGAUGAGACCCUUCGAAGGGGCGUCUGGAAAAUCUUCAUCCAAGAUCUUGGCCGCGAGCGUCGCGAUGGCUCGCCACCUCUGUUAUCACGCGACGAGUGCAAGGCGUUGGGAACGGAAGUCACCAAAUCUUGGGCCUCGCAACCUCUCAACGGCCGCCAGAUCCGCAAUUGCAUCAGGAGCGCGCUGGCACUGGCCGAGAACGAGGGCGUUUCGCCAAACGCGAGUCAUUUCAACAAGGUCAUCAACCUCGGGAAUGCUUUCACAAAGUACAUGACCCAGUUGCAAAAGGCGGAGGCUGAGGAGAUAGCUCAGAUCAAGGGUGAUAGGCUGGCAGCAAUGAAGGACAUCAUGGCGCGGGAGAGUGAUCUGUGA